CCAAAUUUGAAAAUAUAACCGAAAUCUUCAAAUAUUUCAAAUAAUAAAUAUUGCAUGCAGUUCUCUCUUUCAAUACUCUUGAAAAAUGGAAGAUUUUGGAGUGAUAGAAAUUGGUUUCAAUAGUGCUGAUGAAACUAUGAAUUUUGGUAGUAGAUGUAUAGGAUAUGAAAAUUUGUAUGAAAUUUCUACCAUAGCUUGCUUCACAUCAGAUGCAAGUAGCACUUCCCAGGUUACUGUCAACUGCCUGGUCCAACAAAAUGGUCAUAUCGUUUUGGCUACAGGCAAUUCUUUGAAGAUAUUUGAUGAUACACAAUUGACCAAUCUUGUUCAUUGUGUUGUUUUCAACACAAAUAUUGUUGAUUUAGCUGUCUCACCAAAUAACAGGUUCCUUUUGUUAUGUUUAGAUAAUGGUAUUGUCAAUAUUUUUGAUGAAUCAGGCAAAGAAACAACUUGUGUGUAUACAAAGUGUCUCACUUCUAAAAUACUGGAGAAUGAUUUCGUAAAGGGGUUUCAUGAAGAAUUUGUUCCUUAUGUGUCUAGUUUUGUUGUUGUCUAUCACUCUGGUACCAUAUUCAGGUUAUUUGCUGAAUUUAAUGAUGAAGAAACAUCAGAUAAAACAGCAGAGGAAGUAGUAUGGAAUUCAGAAGAAAUUUGUGAUUUGAAAAGAAGAGUUACUUCAGCAUCUUAUAACUAUCCUGUACUCCUGACAAAUGGUGGGGAUUUGAAUAUUAUUAAUGUUGAAGAUGGUAUUAUUCUUGAUGGAGCUUCCUUGGCCAUGAAACAAGUAUAUCCUUUUGAAAAUAAAUUCAUUAGUCUGGAUUUUGAAGGGAAGCUCUGGAUGAUAUGCAGUCUCACUUUAAUUUAUUUUUCUAUUGAUUAUGACACUUUAUUGGAAGAAAUACUUGUAUUGGAUGAUGAGAAUACACAAAUACUUGCUGCUACUAAACCAAAUGAAUUGGGGGAAUCCUUCUUACAGUUGCUAAAUGAAGAUUUUUCGAACGUUUUCUCUCUGAGGAUAUCGCAUCCCGUGAAUCUAGUACAAAUGCUUUCUUCUACCGAGGAUCUGAUUUUUGUGUCAAAAGUUUUCAAAGAAGGUAAAAUCACCGAAUUGCGCCUGCAGAGUGUUUAUGAAACUCAACCAGAACUUAAGCUGGCGAAACUGAUCAAAAGGCACAGGUUUGAAGAAGCUGAGCAGUUCGCGAAAACUUUCAAUAUAAAUCCUGUGAUCAUCUUGAAGGCCAAAGCACAACUGAUUGUCGAUAAGGCAGAGUGCUCGUCCGAAGAUAUCAAUAAUUUGAUUAAACUCAUGGAUUCCAUCAACGACGAAUAUUUCAAUUUGGAAUGUUGUUCGAAUGUCGACUGCAGUAAUUUUGAAGACGUUAAAAAAAUUUUGAUUUAUGGUUCAGGAAUUUCUCCAAAAAAUAGGAAUAUGACGGAUAACCAGAUGGUCCUGACAGAUUCGUUAUUCCGGUUUGACACAUACAGGGCAUUAUCCGAUGAAGAUGAUAUACAGGCAUGGUACAGAUUCCAUACUUGUGAUUUGAUAGAAGAAUUGAAAAUGUAUUUGCGGAAUCAUAAAAUUGAGGAUGCCAUUAUGAUCUACAGUAGAUUAGACAAAAAAACGAUUGAUAUUCUCAAUGAAGAUACUAUUGAAGAUAUUUUAGCAAUACUUAAUAAUUUUCAAUAUUAUGUUUACCAACCUUUCCUUCCUACUUUCAUCCCAAUAACAAUGGCUCAUUUACCAAGAGCUUUACCAAUAUUCAUAAAGUGGUUACACCAGAAGAUAUUUGUUCUUGAGAAGAGGGACAAACUGAAUUUUCCUCAAAGUGGAAUAUAUCUAGCUGAAAAUAUGCUGAAAUUGUUGAAAGUUGACAAGAAUUCUAUUCCAUUUCAAAGAGAGUGUACAUUAAUUGGAAAGAGUUUAGAUGACCUGUCGUAUCUGAUGGAUGGAUUGAUUAUGAUACAGAAUCUGAAAAAACAGUUUGGCAUCAAUAUACAAUUAUCCGAUUAUUUUGAGGGUCCAAAAAGUCUAAUGCAUACGCUUCUGAAUAUCAUUAUGUCCCCUGAUGAUUAUGAUCAUUUCCUGAAAGAAUUUUUGUACCAUUAUAUGCUGCAAAACCGGUUUGAUCCAGACUCAAUAUUCCUGGAGGAAAUCAAGAACCAAAUGAAAUAUGAAGACUGUUGGGAAACCAUAACAUCAAUUCUAAAGCACAUUAGUUCUGUAAAGAUGAAACUUACAGCAACUAUAGAGAUUUUGGAUAAUGCUCCAGUGCCCUGGUGCGAUGUAGUAAGGAAAAUUGGACAAAGUGCAUUGAAAUACUCGCAUCCUUUGGUUUCUCAAAUUAGUUAUAUUCUACAAGAUGAACAGAGGUUAAUAGUGAUGAGAAACCCAAAUUACAAGAUAAGAGGAUGGGUGAUCAAAGACCGGUUAGAGUUAAUACAAGCCAUAAGGAGAUUGAUUUAUGUUAAUGAGUCAUCCCUAGUGAAAGAUGCUUUACACCUAUGUAAAACUGCUGAAGAUAAACGUGAUGCUAAUGUGGUAUUAAUAGAAAACUUUAUACUCAAAGGAUGCCUAGAUGAUGCAAUGUCGAUCUUAGAAAAUAACUCUGAUGAAGAUAUUUAUGCUUGCUCAAAAACCCUUCUAAGGAUGGCGGAAAUCAGGAUCAAUUCUAAGUUGGGUACCGAAAUAGAGAGAGGAUAUUUCUACAAUGUUCUUGGAAUUCUUCGUACUCGACUCCUAGCUAAAAGUGAAAAUAAAUUCGAAACAGAAUCAUUUGAUAGAACUAUUCAGGUCACGAGAGCAGUAUAUAACAUAAAUAAACAUUAUAAACUGGAUAUAACAACAGACAAAAUGAGAUCUGUCAAAACGAAAAAUCAGAUACUAGAAGAGUUGAUUGAAGACACUGCUACAGAAAUUAAAAUUGGCCACCUGGAUAUUGUGGAAAUUCUCAAUCAUGCUGAAAAAUUGUCGCUCUAUUUCUCAUCUGGCAAAGAUCAAAUUCUGAAUAGACUUUGUGAAAAAAUAGGUAGAUACGAUAUAGUUCUGAAAGUAGCCGAACAUUUGAAUGAUGCAGAAUCGGAUUCAAAGUGUUUAUAUCAAAUAGCAAUACUUUUUCUCAAGUACUUGGGUUCCAAUAAGACAGUCUCGCUUGAGGAAAGCUUCGAUGAUAGUACAUGCGAUUUGAUGUCCCAAACUAUCGCCAAUGCAACAAUAAGACAUUUUGACUAUAAUAAUGAUAGUGAGAUGCUCAUGCGUGGUAUAAAAUUAGCUAGAAAUAUUGUUACCAAAGCUUUGUGCAUAGCAGAUAAGGAAGAUAUUGAGGUUAUUGUAGAGAUUAUGAACUGGUUGGACAGUUGUUUUUAUUUGACACGUCAAAGCAGUUCCUUGCAAAGGGAACUAUUCAGAAACUUGUAUAAUCCGAAAGCGAUAGUACCUAGCUUUGAUAUGCUCUUCAGUAUAAGAAGUUGUUUUCAAAAUUAUCUUGGCUACAUCGAAAACUUGAAAGGUUCUUCCAGAUUACCUAUCAGUGGAUUUGCUAAUAAUAUACCACUACUAACGCAGGAACAGCUAACAAAAGAAAUUACGAUGCUUCCAAGAAUGGUAGAAAAUUUUUGCCGAGAAGGACAACAUUUAACAGCAUUCAUGGUGUUGAACACGUUUCAAAGAAGCCUAAACCUCGUUCCACAAAUAGAUUCAAAAGUACUUGAGCUCUUACACACAAUAAUUCUAUCAAAAUGUCUACCCCAACUUUUACACGUUGUGAUAUCUGCUAAUUACAUUGAUGUGAAUUUAUUGUACAACAUUCUCCUGGCGUGCCGCAAGGACUAUCUGAACUACAUUCAACGCUACAUGAAAUUGUACAAACGUCAACCAAGGAAACUUUAUGAUCUUUCUGUUGUGGGAGUACGUCUUCUUGAUGUAUAUGGCGAAACCUCAGGUAGAAAUGUCAUGGUGAAUGCGGCUAAAACUUGCAAAUGGUGGAAAAAACUUAAAAGUGUCCAUGGUUCAUAUCCUUACGACGAUUUUUUCAAAUGUAAUGCUGACGCCAGGUUAAAACAGCUCAUUAGUUUGGAUGCUGUUGAUGUUGAUAUUAUAAAUAUGUAUACCGCAGAUUUUGAAUUGGAAGCGCAACAUUAUUAUAUGGAAUAUUUGUCAUGUUGCUUGCUCAACUGGCUACCAGAAUACAGGACCGAAGUUAGUUUGGAUGGUAAAAAAAGCAUCAUUAUGGAAAAUGAUGAACUAUUGUUGCUUUCUAAAUGUCAGAAAAUUAUCGAACUUCUUGUUGAUAAAGUUGCUGUUUUCAACAUGUUGGAAAAUAUUUCAAAAACUGUCAAUUUCUACUACCAUGAAGUGUUUAUCUGCAUUUACAAAAUUCUCGUAAAAGACACCAACUCGUCCAAUUCCUAUAGUAAUAACAUAGUUCUAUUGCUUUUUCUCAAAAAGUACUGUCGGUUCAGCCCACCCAAUCAACGUGAAAAAGAAGAAUGGUAUACCAGUUUCCCUGAUAGUCAGACUCUGGAUCCACUAUCAGAAUUUCGUCUACCAUUUACAAAAAUACUGUUCACGUCCGAUAUAUGGAGUAUUUUGAGGCCAGAGAUAAGCCUGAAGUCAUAUGAGCUCUGGUUUGGUGGCACUGAUAUUUUGAUGAAGAAUCUAAAAAUUGACGAUAUUUGCGUUUACGCCGUAAAACAAGUGGUUUCCAGUGGCGUCUUGGGCGAUAUUAUGUCCAAAAGUUGGGUGCUCUAUCCGAAGUUCGAAGAUUUAUUUCAAGAGGUCGAUAAAUGUGUCCAACAUAUUUCUGAUCUGGAACGUGCGACUUCAGUCAUUUACCACCUCAUGUACCACACACCAAACGGAGCUGAUAAGGUGAUCGCGGCAAAGUUGAGCUAUAAAUAUGCAGCCAAAUAUAUAGAAAAAUAUCCAAGUUCUCCUGAUGUCGCAAAAGCAUACAUGAAGGUUAAAAAUAAGUACUUCGGAUUUUCGGCAAUGCACAUUUUGUACAAAUAUAAUUUAGCUACAGAGAAAUAUUUGGGUCUCGUUAGUCAUCCAGAAAGUUUGGUGGAAAAUUUGUAUAUGGAUGAGAGGAUUGUGAAAGGAAUCGAAUCUGUCAGCUUAGAAUAUUCAGAUGUAAGUAAAGCUGUGGAUGCUCUUUCUGAAAUAUUUGGAUUGAAUAUCAUGCAGAUCAGGAGCAACUUAUUGAACCAUUGGCUCAACAGUUCCGACAUUAUUGAUUUAGAUUCAACGGUUUCAAUGCCUACCGUAAGUGUUCAGUCCAACGAAUGCGAGAGUGACGAUAACUUGAAAAGAGCUACCUAUAUGUGCAGUACUAGUGACAUUGAAUAUUGGCAAACAUAUUUACUGAAAAUUGGAUUAUUUGAAGACGACGUUAAGGAAACAGAACAAAAGAGUCUUUCGUUCAAAGCCAAGGCCCUAAAAUGUUUUUGUGCAAUCACAGAUGAAGAAAAAAUAUCUCAAAUGACCAAACUCACUUAUACGGAAUUCUGGGAUUUAGUUAACAAGCUGACAUUACUGAGUGAGCUGGAGAUAUUGGGGAUAUCACUUGAUCUAGAGACUCUCGACCAAUAUAACAAGAAAGAACUUUUGAAAAGGUUAUCGCAGCUAGGAACCACUUUUGCUAUCAAAGGAAUGGGAUCUAUUUGCAUGACCUAUGCCUUGGAGGACAAUCGAUAUUGGGAAUACAUCAUUAAGAAUUCAAUAAAAUUGGGAAUGGUACCAGAACUGAAAGUCUACGUUGACUUUUUGAAAAAUAAGUGUGAUAAAGGUUUUUAUUUGAAAGCCUGGCAAUAUAUUGUUGAACAAGCCUUUCAGCAAACAAGUUUUACUUCUGAAGAUGCAUUGCAAGAUACAUUUGUUGAAAAUUUCUUGGUCAUCCAGUCUUGUCCAGUAUUAUUUUACCUCAAUUUCGAGAAGAUUUUCCAUAGAUGUAUUGGUUUGAAAAAACCGGAAUUCGCUGCAGUAUUGUUACAGUAUCUACCAGAGGAAAAGAAGAAGCUCCACUUAGAAGAAAUCUUGAAAUGUGACACAGUUCUGGAAAACCUAGAUAUAUUAGAAGUUAAAGGAAUUUGGGGAGUACAAAAUGUCAGAAAAUGGAUAAAUAAUAAGAAAAAUCACAUAUAGGAUGAUUCUUUCCAAUUGUGAGGUGUUGAAUAUGUUUUCUAUUUUUUUAUAAAAUAUAUAAUCUUAAGAAAA